AUGUGGGAAGCAGAAGUUGGCAAUGCUUCAUGGAUUGUGAGGAAGACUUUGAAGGCAAAACAAUAUCUCCAAGCUGCUGGAUUACAGGAACAAGAUCUUAUGCAGAUGGACACUUUCUCAAUCAAUAAAAUUUAUAUGCAGCUAAGAGGAUCCUUUCCAAAGGUCCCGUGGAGGAAAGUGGUAUGCAACAACUAUGGAUCGGCUAAAUGGAUCUUUAUACUUAGAUUGAUCAUUUGCGGCAGAAUUUUGACAAGGGAUAGAUUGGUGAAAUGGGGCAUCACAAAAGAUACGAGCUGCCCAUUGUGUAAUACAGGUGUGGAGAGUGUGGAACAUCUAUUCUUCAGCUGUGUGAUAUCAGCUAACAUUUGGAGUAGGAUUUUGGCAUGGCAAGGUAUUAAAAGAAUUACUGGAAGUUGGUGUCAAGAGCUGGCAUGGGCCCUGCAAUCAUACAAAGGAAACAGUGCAACAGCGGAAGUAUAUAGGAUGUGUUUGGCAGGAACUACUUACUAUAUAUGGCAAGAAAGAAACGCCAGGGUCUUUCAGAAGAAGCAGAGAAGUGUUGAUAGCAUUGUGAAGCAAAUCGUCCAGGAUGUUCACUGUCGAGGAAUAGUAAGUGCAAAGUUGAAUAGGAAGCUAGAUAGCAUGAAUUUCUACCCUUAG